CGCCCUUCAGUACGCCGUGCUCUCGUGUCUUGUUCAAUCAAUGCUUUUUUUCUGUGGUGUAGGGUAGUUGUGUGGCGUGGAAGAAAUUCUAGUCAAGUAAAAAUAGAAAAUAGUAACGAAAGUACGCCUGAUAAAGGUAGUGCUGAGCAGAAAUGGCUAAUGAGAAUAAGGAAAUAGGUGACAUCGUAAAGAAAUGCAAAAUCUUGCUUUUAGACAUCGAGGGAACAACAACAUCGAUCAGCUUUGUUAAGGACAAGCUGUUUCCGUAUGCAGAGGAAAACGUUAAGCAGUUCCUGGAGAGCGAAUGGGAGAACGGGGACGUGAAGGAGGCAGUGACUGCGCUUCGAAAACUUGCGCUUGAGGAUAAGGAGAAAAGCGUUGAAGGACUCGUCCCUAUUCCUGGAGAGGAUGCAUCAAAGGAAGAUCAAAUAGAGGGUUUGGUCAAGAAUGUAAAGUGGCAGAUGUCUUCUGACCGAAAGGUGGGCCCCCUUAAGCUUUUGCAAGGCCUUAUUUGGAAGCAGGGCUAUGACAAGGGAGAUAUAAAGGGCCAUGUAUAUGAUGAUGUAUGCUCAGCACUUGAGCAAUGGCACUCUGUGGACGGUCAGAAGAUCUACAUAUAUUCGUCUGGCUCAGUGCAAGCUCAGAAACUUUUGUUUGGUCAAUCUCUUGCUGGGGACUUGCUGAAAUACAUUGAUGGCCACUUUGACACUGCUAUUGGAGCCAAACAAGAAUCAGCUAGCUACACUUCUAUUGUAGAGAAAGUUGGCUGUGAUGCUAAUGAAAUUCUAUUCCUUACUGAUAUUGAUAAAGAAGCUGAAGCGGCUAAAAGCGCUGGUUUAUGCGUGGCGCUCGUCAGCCGAGAGGGCAAUGCUCCUCUAACUUCAGAGGCUACAGAGGCCUUUGCAGUGAUCCAGUCCUUCACACAACUCUCCGUUACCAACAAGCGCAAGACAGAUCCUCAGGAUGAACUACCGGCUAAAGUUCCUAAAACAGAUGUAAGUUAUGAUGUUAAAACAGAAGCAGAGACAGCUGCUAACGAAUCUACUGUUCAGGAUAAAAAAAACGAAGAACCUGAAAAAAUGGAUGUUGAAGAAAGUCAAUCGGUGAAAGAUGUUACAAAAGAGGAAAAACUUAAAGAUGAACCCACCCCAGUGAUCAUUGAAGAAGUUUCUAAGGAUGUCAAAACCCCAGGGUCUGAAAUUAAAAUAAUCAUAACUGAAGUUAAAGAAGAUAAUGUAGAGAAAAAAGAUGAAUCUGAAAAAAUGGAGACCGAUUCUGAAAAGGUAGAGGAGUCUAAAAAUAUUACUCAAAACACAGAAAAAGUAGAAAAAGAAAAGACUGAACCUAAGGCAAACGCAAAAGAAGCAAAAGAAAGCAUUAAACCAGAAGAGAAGACUGAUAAUGAAAUAAGUGAUGUGCCAAAAGAAAAUUCUGAAGUGAAUAAAGAUGAAAAGACUACACCAAUUGCAAAGGAAGCUACUUCUACUGUUAUUACGGAAAUAGAGGAAAUAAGUGAUAAAGAAAAUAUUGGUGACAUGGCAGAAAUUGUAGAUGAUAUAGAACCAGUUGUUGAGGAACCCAAUGCGGCUGAAGAUAUUGAAGAUUUGCAGAAUGUUGGUGAGGUUUUAGAAAAAGAAUGUGACGAGAUUUUAUCUAAAGUACAAGACGUUACGAAUUUGGAUAAUAUUCCACUUAAACCUUUAUUAAAUCCUAUUGUUGAAGAAUCUAUGGAGACUGAAAAUUUAGACUCUAAUGAUAUCGUUGAAAGAAUAUUAGAGUCAGAAAUAGAGCUUGAAAUGAAACAGCAAGAUGAGACUAAUAAAAAAGCAACCGAAGACACUAAAGAAAUAACAAAAGACUCAACUGUUAAAAUUGAUAAAAAAGUAGAAGAUAAUAAAGAAAAAACAGAAAUUUCCGAAAUAAAAGAAAAUAAAGCUAUAUCUUCAGAAAGUCUUGAUUCAGAUGAAAAAGUAGUAGAAAGCAAUGAUAAGAUGGAUAUUACUCCUGAAAAAACAGAAACGAAAAGCAGUCCACAAGAAAAAGAAACAAUUAAGGAUGAUGAAAAACUAAAAUCUGAAAUUGAGAAGAGUGUAGAGUCUUCAGAGAAAACAAGUGAUGUCAAAAUAGCUGAUACACAAGUAGAUGCGGUUAAGGCAGAAGAAAAAUCUAAAGAAAGUACAACAGAUGAGUCGCAAGUAAAUGGCAAAACAAACGGCGAAGCGGAUAAAGUGAAUCAAAAUGGAGAUGCUAAUAAAGAUGAAGAAUUAAGUUCGCGACUAUCUGUUGAAAAUGUUAAAGAGGUAAAUGGCUCUAAUGGUGAUUCUAUGAAGAAGGAGAAUGGACAAGAAGCGAAGAAGGUGGAAUCGGAGGUAUCUGAUAUUAAAGUAAAGACAGUUACAACAGAGGAACCGCGCACUGAACGUAUAGAGCAACCUACUGAGGCAUAAAUUGUUGUCGGGCGAGAUGUUUUCUGGGCGUCUAAGCGUUGGCUCACAUCAGAUGAUUGACAAGACUGAGGCUGCUCCCAGGCUGACAUCACUACCUAGUUUAUAUAUUAUUGAUAAUGAACAUUAAAUGUACCGCGCGGUGACUGUUUUGUACAUUGCCAAUGUAAAGCAAUACUAAUAAAAUGUGUAAGUGCGAUAAAUGAUUGUAUAAAUGACGCAUAUUUUCUACUCAUGAUGAAUGUGAAUUUAUCGCGAUUAAUUACUUCCCUUUUUUGAAAUAUAUUAUGUCUAUGCUUUUUAAGUUGUACACUGUAAGUAAAUAUUAAUAUUUUCUUUGUUUUAAUUCUUUUCAUGGGAUUUAAUGGUUUAUUUUUAAUAGAUAACAUUAAAACCCCUGAACAUAUGGUGAAUAAUAUGCAGUAAUUUAUUGAGCUUAGAUGUUUUAUACUCAUUUUACUUAUCUGUGGAAUGUAUUCUGAGAUGAACGUUGAUCGUCGUGUUUUACAAUUUCGCCAAUCGAAAUGGUUUUUUUUUUUGUAAAGAGCGACAGUACAAUUAUAUAAUCGUAAGAGAUGGAUGAAAUGAUAAUCGCACAAUUUUCAUCACAAUAUAAUAAGCAUAUAAAACAUUCCUUUACAAUUGAUUGUUUUAAGCAAAUUAGUUAGGAUGCUUUUUAGAUUAAUUCCUUGUAUUCGUGCUCUUGUUCCUUGUGAUGUGGAUUCAAAGUGUUUUUGGACUGAAUUAUAAUAAUGUACGUUGGAGCAUUUUAAGUUCCUGUUCCAAUAUACAUUAUUUUUAUUAGAAACUAUUUAUAGAUUAACGAUUUUUUUAUUGAAAAAUUGGCCGAUAAUAGUACCAAAAAUACGUUAAGACUACAACUAAUUGAUUUUUUUUUUACAAAUUAAUCACAAUAUUUGCGCGAGUACAGGGCAGGCAUUGUACAAUUUUGUCACCGCUUGUCGUAUUUGACUAAGGUAAGUUUUAUUCCUAAGUAUUAACUGUAUUGUGAUCUUAAUUAACGUACACAUUACAGAAUUUUCGUAUUUUUCUUACACUGCCAAAACACUUGACCGUCUCUCGUUCAACGUUGGUUUGCCUUACACAUUGUGAUAUUGACAUGACAAGACUGUAAUAAAAUAAGUGAUUCAUUUUUGGGCUGUGUAAGUAUGGUAUAAAUAGGUGCAGAAGGUAAACGAUUGAAUGGAAAUGGUAUAUUGGUCGUUGCGUCACUAAACAUCACUACAGAUCUGUGUUUUUGUUUAUUUUAAAGCACAGAUUAUUUAAAAUUGUGUUUUACUCUUAUGUAUUAUAAACCGCCUGUGAUUUUUAUUUCUAUUUUUAUAUUUAUAAUUGGUAUAAUAAAUUACAAACAAUAAUUUAAUUAAUUACUGUAGAUCAAAAAAUAAACCCAAUCUACAUUAAAUAACUAGUCAUGGUGCCUCUGAAUCUCGAAGUACUUUGUAACGUGUACGUAACAUUCAUAUUGGUAAUAUUUUGUCCAUAGUAUUCAAUGUAAGGGAUACUAUUUUGUAUUUUCUUUUUAAUUAUAAGGUCUAAAUUUAUGUUCCUUUAGUUUUUAAGGUCGGUAAUGAGGUCGAUUUGGCAAACCAUUGUUGAUUGGGAGAUCAAGCUCCUUUAUGUAGACUGAUUUUUUACUAAUAUUUACUCUCAACUUCCAUUCAAUAUCUCAAACCAGUUUUUUUAUCAAUUUUAUUUUCGCUGAACAGUGUCAAAAUGAGAUAAUUGAAACACGAGAGAAGCUUGAGUAUUAUGUAAGUUCUUCAGUUUCCUAGGAUACCUUGUAUAAAUAACAAGAUUUUGAACGCGUCUGAAAUGUAUUAAUUUGAAUUAUCACCACUAAUGACGUUGAAAUAUAAUGGAUGUAGAAUA